AGUUCUCCCGCAACAUUUCUUCGACACAAGAAAUUUGUGUACUUUCCAUUUACUCGUGCACGCCGAAGACUCGCUCGUCCCGCUCUCUCCUCUCUUCUUCUCAAAUCACAACAGACUCACCACGCAGGAAUGGACAUGUCAGCGACCAACCUGAGCGCGCACGCAAAGCCGUGGGCACCGGGCACGUCCGGCCAACCCCCGCAGCAGCAGCAGCAACAGCUGCCACAGAUGAGGAGUGCGAACAACAGCACGGCUUAUAGUCACGGCAGCAACAACGACGGAAUGCAAGGUGGGAACGGCUUCUUGCAGCGUGGCGGCGGCCUGCGCUCCCGCGGCAGCGUGCACAACGGCUCCGGCAACAGCGUGGCCGGCCUCGGUCAGUUCAACCACGACUACGGCGCCCCAAACGGUGUGCCACCCAGCAUGCAGCAGCAGCAGCAACAGCAGCCCAAGUUGAGCUCGACAGCGGCGAAGCUCUUUGUCGGUCAGCUGCCGUUUGAGUGCACGGAGGAGCGCCUGCGCAACCUCUUCAGCGCGUACGGCAGCGUCGAACACAUUCACAUCUUACGCGACAACAGCAAUCGCAGUCGCGGUGCAGCAUUCAUCACCUUCUCGACGGUGCAGGAGGCCGAUACGGCCAUCUUCACCCUGCACAACCGCUACCGUAUGCUCACUAACCGUGCAAUUCAGGUGAGCUACGCGAAGAAUAGCCCCAACAUUUCACCGUUUGGCACGUGCAGCGCCUUCGAGGUCCAUCAGUCGAACCCAACGAACCCGCUUCCUGAUGUAGCCGCCAUCAAUGCUCAAGCAGCUUGUUUGUUUUAG